AUGAAAAGGAAGCGGCGGAAACCGCCGGCUACAGCCAUAAAGUUUCUUCCUCAGGAGCUGCUGACGGAAGUCCUCGCCCGUGUGGCUUCCAAUUCUCUCACCGAUCUCUGCAACGCGAAACUAUGCUGCAAAGAGUUUCUAAGGGCGGCGGAGGAUGAUUAUAUAUUCAAGCACGCUUCCAUGGAGAAGUUUCCGGUGGCGCCGUGGCCCGUCAGCUGCGAAGCCUCUUCUUUCCUGCGACGAUGCAAGGAGAGCGGUAACGCUGAGGCUUUAUACAGAGAAGGGAUGGUUGAAUACUUUAGCAGCUCGAGAGUUGACUCGGGGCUGCAGUAUUUGAAGGAGGCAGCAGAGAAAGGACACGUGGAAGCAUUGUAUGUGAGCGAAAUCAUUUCGGCAUGCACCGGCGGUCAGUCGAAUCAAUGGUCUCCGGAGCUCCUCCAGAGCAAGAAGAAGACGAGCGAGUGUCGGCGGCGAGUCCAGGCCGUCCUCUGUAGUCUUUGGAUCAGGAAUUAUAUUGUGCCGCCCCAAGGUCAACGGGCUGACCACUCCAAGACCUGUACUAAAAACGGCAACACGUGGCAAUACUGUGGACGUCAGAUGAUGAGGGGUACUGGAUGGGAAGAUGAAGAAGAGGAUCAUUGUGAAGCUUGCAUGUGGGAUCAUGAAAUUCAUUUCUUUUGUGAUAUCGUUAGACGAGGGAUUAAUUAA